CGAUGCAUUGUGGUACAUGCUACCUCGCGAGUAACUAUAGCUGAUAACGUGGCGUAUGAGACGAGAGGGCACUGCUUUGUCCUGGAGGAGGGCAGUGAGGCGAGGAACACGUUUAUCCGCAACCUGGGCAUGAGCACUCGCGCUGUGCAACGCCUCAUCCCCCCAGCUUCCCUAGCGAAGUUUGACCGCCAGACGGACAACCAGCCAUCCACGUUCUGGCUCGCCACGCCCUUCAACAGCUUUGUUGGGAAUGUGGCUGCUGGGUCGGAGGAUUCGGGCUUCUGGCUAGAGCUAAACAAGCACAUGAGGGGACUCUCUAGGAACCUGCCCUUCUGGAAGAACCUCUCCCCCAUGACGCUCGCCUUGGUCUUCACAGCCAACGUGCUUCACUCCAAUGCUCUCUUCGGCCUCCGCACCUACCCGCAUGGCGCCCGGCCCGCGUUCCCCUCGCAAGGGAAAGGAAGAAAGGCGCUCCAAGUGCGCAUCUCUCACUCACUCAUCUACAGCAACCCCAUCGGCGUAUUCCUCCAGAGCAUCACCAUCGGCCACUCCACCUUCCUCAACAACCGUAUUGCCAUCGACCUCAACCGCAACUUUGGCAUUCUCAUCCUCGCCUGCACCUUUAUCGGCCGCACGGCGUGCAGCAAAUCAUCCGGGACUGGAGGGUCAACACCUUAUGAUGCUGCACCGAAACAACGCAUGCCGUCAACCCCGCCGCAGCUACUGCCCUCAACACACGCACCGUCACCGCUCAUGCCAUCAACACAUGCAACACCACAGCUCAUGCCGUCCACACUUGCAACACCACAGCUACCAGCAGGAGCAGCAUCGUCUCGCCUGCACGUUGAACCUGCUACUAACGAGGAUGAAAUGGAAGGGUACACCACGUCGAACUGGCAGUCGCCUGGUUUGAUGCUAACAGCUCCGCAGUACAGUAUGGAGGAUGACUAUAGCGAGGAUGGUUAUAGCGAGACAGCUGAAGCAGCUACUACAGGGGUUAUGGGAACGGGAGGAAAGUGGGGGUGGAGGAGAAGGAGAAGAGCGGGGGGAGAGAGUAAUGGAUCAGCUUACGACGAGGAUGGGGGAGAUGAUGUGGGGUUGGGUGAUUCCACUGCGAAAAGGGGGCUGGAGGUUGGAGGGAAGGGGAGGGAGGGCAUGUUCAAGAGCCCCAUUGGGGUGAUGCUGAGCCAAGUGAAGCUGAGCGGCAUGCUGGAAGAAGCUAAUAGGUUCUCGGGGUUUGGGGAGUGUGGCCCCACUCUGAAGAGCUCUGCCCUGGUUUUGGCAGUGAACAAGGCGGGCGGGUUCUGGAACCCAGCGAUGAGUGUGAAGGUGAGAGGGAAGGAGGGAGUGAGUGCUGCUGUGUGUGUGAGUAACAGAGAGCUUAUCAGUGAUUGA